AUGGUCGGUGCCUCUCUGGGGGGCGGGACCGUGUUACCGGGGCGCCGCGCCUGCCGGAAGCUGGCGUCGGUGGCCAAGCGCAGGAUGGCAAAACACAAGAGAAAAGUUACUGAAGUGACAGGGAAAAAAAACAAAAAACUGAAGAAGGCGUCAGCAAAAGAGACCCUGCUGGCGCCUGAAGCCACACUGGGCACUGAGGAAGUGUGCCCCGAGGCCUGCGGAGGUGAUGGGGACCCACCGCUUCUCCAGGGAGGAGCGGCAUGCAGGGCCCUGCAGGAGACGGACCCCGAACUGUCCCCAGAGGAGAAGAGGGUCCUCGAGAGGAAGCUGAAGAAGGAGCGGAAGAAAGAGGAAAGGAAGCGGCAGCGGGAGGCAGGCACUACUGCGGCCCAGAACGUGCCGGCCAAGCGCUCGGGUGCCGAGCUGGCCCUGGACUACCUCUGUGGUUGGGCCCAAAAGCACGAGAACUGGAGAUUUCAGAAGACGAGGCAGACCUGGCUCCUGCUGCACAUGUACGAUGGCGACAAGGUUCCCGCUGAGCACUUCUCCAUCCUGCUGGCCUACCUGGAGGGGCUCAAGGGCCAGGCCCGUGAGCUGACCGUGCAGAAGGCUGAAGCCCUGAUGCGGGAGCUGGAUGAGGCGGGCGCUGGCGGCCCAGACCCUGUCCUGCUGGAGAAGACCCAGCGCAUCCGGCAGGUGCUCCAGCUGCUCUCCUAAGGGCAGCCGGUGGGCAGGGGCCACUGCCUGCAGCUCAGGUGAUCCUGGUCCUCUCAGGAUGCAGCUGAGCCCUCCUCCCGGCAGCGGGGGCCGUGCAGGCCCAACAUGGGGUGAGCAGAGUUAUCGGCAGGUCGGCGGUAGGUCUUGCUUCUCCCGGCACCUGACCCUCCGAAGGACCGCCUCUCUCUCCUGACCCCCCUGGGCCAGAAACUAUCUAUAGAUGAUGAGUUUUAAUCCUUUUACAGCAGAAUGCGGUUGCUUUGAAAUAACCUGGAGACACUGGUCCUGGCCUUCCAAUGGCCCACCAGCCCCCAAGGAAGUUGCUUAUUGAGGGAAAUGUCUAUUUUUGUACCCGGGGUAUCUCAGAGAUCGGCUAGAGCCGGCCCUCCCUACCAGCUGUGGUCCAUCAGUGUUGGAGUGUGGGGCUCCCUGGAUUUGGGCCCUGUAUUUGCCAAGAGGCCCAGGCUGUGGCUUGUCCAUCUCUCGCCUCCUUCCUCAGGCCCUGCCACAGACUUGCUGCCCACUUCCAGGGAAAACCUGGCCGUAUUUUCAAUAAAGACCAGCCCGUGUUGGCCAUGGCUCUU